AUGUACCAGUCAUCAAUGGGAUUCGCGGUUGAGGAGCGCACAUCCGUUAAUGGACCACGCUCAACGCUCGGCAAUGCGCUGCCCUCGUUUUCUCAACCGCUCAACGACGGCUCAACAACACCGGGGUCCGCGGCGCCAGCGCCGUCCCCACGCGACUCCGACGUCGGCCCACAAUUCUUCCUGGAGCUUAUAAACUUUGCAAUCGCGAGCUGA